AUGCCGAACCCUAUCAAGGAGGAUAUCCAUACUGUGGAUGAGGAGUCAUUUCCUUACAUUUUUGAACAGAAUGCUACUGUUCCUCUCAAGGCGGGUGAUGGUCUGGUGAGACUUAAUGUCUAUCGGCCCAAGGGUGUUGACAAGGUUCCUGUUCUCGUCACAUAUGGCCCUUACGGAAAGGACAUUUGGUAUCAAGACUUCCACCCCAAGUCCUUCAGUGAAGUGAACCCUCAGCACAAAUCCCAGCACUCAGCAUGGGAAACUCCAGACCCUGGCUUCUGGACCAAGCACGGCUAUGCCAUUGUCCGCGCUGACGAGCGAGGUCUCGGCCAAUCAACCGGCAAACUUGAUACCAUGUCACGAGGCACCAGCGAAGCCUUCUUCGAUGUCGUCGAGUGGGCCGCUGAGCAACCUUGGUCAUCUGGCAAAGUCGGUCUUCUUGGUAUUAGCUACUACGCCGGAAGUCAAUGGCGAGUUGCAGCCCGAAAACCAAAGGGUCUGAGCGCUAUUGUUCCCUGGGAGGGUAUGUCAGAUUAUUACCGCGAUCGGUGCCGACAUGGUGGAAUUCUGUCAAAUGCUUUUAUCAAGUUUUGGUGGAAUCGCCAGGUCAUUACGAACCAGUACGGUCGACCUGGGAGAAAUGCUAGGAAUUGGGGUCCUGAUACCAUCGAGGGUGAUCUACCUGAAGAAGAGCUUGAGGCCAACAGACAGGAUCAGACUAUCGAUAACCAAGUCAACCGCUUCCGAGAUGAAGCCUACUAUGCUUCCAAGGAGUACGACAUUGGCGAUAUCGAAGUCCCUCUUCUAUCAGUUGGCAACUGGGGCGGUAUUCUUCUCCAUCUCCGCGGCAACAUUGAGGGAUACAUCCACGCUGGUUCAAAGUUCAAGUAUCUCCGCCUCAUCACAGGUCGUCACGAUCUCCCCUUCUACUACGAGGAAGAAGUUGAAAUUCAACGAAGUUUCCUCGAUGCUUUCCUCAAAGGCGAAGACCGUGUUGGCUGGUCUCAAGAAGGCAAGGUCGCUCCCGUAAGUCUUGUUCUUCGAAAGGGCAACGUUGGCUUCAACGACGCCGAGAAGGAAAAGGCGUAUCCCCGAAGAGAAGAGAACGAGUGGCCUAUCGCGCGAACCCAGUACAAGAAGCUCUUCCUUACACCUGAACAAGGUCUAAGCUGGGAAGAGCCCAAGACAGAGCGCAAGAAGAUUACCUACAAGGCCCUUGGGACGCUUGAGAAGCCUGAGGUGGUCCAGUUUUCAACUCCUGCUUUUGAGGCUGAGACAGAGAUCACGGGCCACGUUGUCGCUCAUCUCAAUGUCUCAGUCUCCCCUGAUCCUUCCGGCCCUACACCCAGUGACAUUGAUCUAUUUGUCACACUUCGCCACUUCGACCCCUCAGGGGAAGAAGUCUUCUAUACUGGCACAGCAGGUGAUCCCGUCCCCCUGACCAAGGGCUGGCUUCGCGUGUCGCUGCGCAAGGUUGAUUCAGAACAUCCCAAGCACCGCGAGUGGCUUCCUCAUAGAAAUUACACCAGCAAAGAUGUUCAGCCUGUGAUACAAGGUGAAGUUUAUGGCGUUGAUAUUGAGGUCUGGCCUACGAAUGUUAUCGUAGAUAAGGGGGGUAAGUUGGUGUUUGAGGUGUCGUCGGGGGAUACUCAGGGUUCAGGCAUUUUCUUGCACAACGACCCGGUUGACAGAUCACCUGAGGUCUUCCAAGGUUCGAACCAUAUCCACUUUGGUCCUCGUCAACAAAACUAUAUCACUCUUCCUGUGAUUCCCAACUAG